AAUGUCUUGAAAUGUCGCUGCCAGUGUAUGUGUGAAAAGAGGAAAAAUUACGAUAUUUUUCUUUUGUUAGAAGUUAAACAAGGAAAAAUUACAAAUAAUCGCGAUAGCAUUUUAUAAAAUUAGUAAAUAAUAACUUAUAAUGUCUACGACGGAAAGCAAAGAUUCGAAAGAGAGCUAAUAGUAUUUUAUGAAAUAAAAAAAAUCGAUUGCAAAAAAUGAAUUUGUGCAACAAAUGUAAAAGCUGAAGACAAGAAGACGACGGGAAAAAUCUGUGCAAAAAAUAUAUUAAGGAAAUCGAGACGACAAGUAAAAUAUAAGUGUAUGGUGUGUGUAUAAAAAGCCGUUGCAGAGGCCACCAAUUUUUUUAAAGAAGAAAACAACAAGAAUAUCUUGAAGGCGAUAGGACGGCAAACGUCGUUCCAAAUAGGCGACAAAAAACACAAAAGUCUUUGUGGACAAAGGAGAAGUUUCCAUUGUGGAGAAAAUGGCUUUGGUGACAGUACAACGUUCACCAAGUGUCACUGGUUCCCCACAAUGUUCCAAUUCGGAUAGCGAAGCCGAUGAAGAGGAGGGUAGCAAACAUGAAAAAAGUUCUAGCGAAUGUUUCUUUGCUGGCAAAGGCACCGCAUUAGUAUUAGCGCUCAAAGAUAUUCCACAAUACUCUGAACGUCGUCUGAGCACGGAUUCAAUAAGAUCAACAAACAGCACACAAAGUAAUAAUUCUGAUAUUCAACACCACUUGCAGUCGAUGUUUUAUUUGUUAAGACACGAGGAAACAUUGAAAAUGGCUGUAAAACUGGAAUCACAGCGUACAAAUCGUACACGUUAUAUUGUGAUUGCAUCACGUUGUUGCUAUCGUCCUACAACCACCGAAAGACGUAAUAAAAUAAUGCGUCAUAAUUCAGCCAGAAUGUCGACAUCGUCAUCGUGUUCUUUGUCAUCAACAACAAAUGCGUCGUCUGCGUCUGUCUCUGCAACACAACAAACAUUUGGUAACGUGGGAACAGCACGUCAACUAUCGAUGGAUGGUACCAAAAGUUCAACGCAGCAGCAGCAGCAACAGCAUUUGCAACAAAUAGACGAUAGCUGGGUGGAAAUGCGUGAUAAACGUUUGUCAAAUAUCUCGACAACAAAUCGUCAAAGUCUUAAAUGUGAUGCUUCCGAAAGGACUUGUGCUUCGGGAGAUAAUAAUAAAAAUGGUAAUAUGACGGCGACGUUAAAAAAUUCAACUGCCAAUAUUUUGAAUCCUUCGAAUCCUUCUGCAACAGCGGCUAAUACGGGAAAUGCACCUUCUGACCAAGACUAUGUAGGUGUAGAGGAAUCAUGCAUACUUGGCAUUGACUAUAAUGAGAGGGCAACAAUUGGUUUGGUUGUGCCAAUUUUAGCUGAUACCACAAUACAUUUGGAUGGCGAUGGAGGUUUCAGCGUGUCGGUAUUUGGCAAGACUCAUAUUUUUAAGCCAGUUUCUGUACAAGCAAUGUGGUCUGCAUUGCAAACCCUACAUAAAGUAUCCCAAAAGGCUCGUGAGAAUAACUUUUAUCCCGGUGGACCUUCACAUGAUUGGCUAUCCUUUUAUGAAAGUCGCAUAGAAUCAGAACAAUCAUGUUUAAAUGAAUGGAAUGCUAUGGACUCUCUCGAAAGUCGUCGGCCACCAUCACCGGAUGCCAUACGAAACAAACCCACUGCAAAAGAAGAAACAGAAGGAGUUAUCAAAAUGAAAUUAAAAGAAAUAAUGAUGUCCGUUGAUUUAGAUGAAGUCACUUCCAAAUAUAUACGCAGUCGUUUGGAAGAACAUUUAGAUAUGGAUUUGGGUGAAUACAAAUCAUUUAUUGACGCAGAAAUGCUAAUGAUAUUAGGACAAAUGGAUGCUCCCACCGAAAUAUUUGAACAUGUUUAUUUGGGCUCGGAAUGGAAUGCUAGCAAUUUGGAAGAGUUACAGAAAAAUGGAGUUCGUCACAUUUUGAAUGUAACUCGUGAAAUCGACAAUUUCUUUCCGGGCAUGUUCGACUAUCUGAAUGUACGUGUUUAUGAUGAUGAGAAAACUAAUUUACUUAAACACUGGGACAAUACAUUUCGUUAUAUAACCCGAGCUAAGGCCGAGGGAUCUAAAGUGUUGGUCCACUGUAAAAUGGGCGUGAGUCGCUCAGCCUCGGUUGUUAUAGCAUAUGCCAUGAAAGCCUAUAAUUGGGAAUUCCAAAAAGCCCUACAGCAUGUCAAGGAAAGACGCAGCUGCAUAAAGCCCAAUAAAAACUUUCUAAACCAAUUGGAAACCUAUCGAGGAAUGUUAGAUGCCAUGAAAAAUAAAGAAAAACUGCAGCGCAGUAAAAGUGAAACAAAUUUGAAGAGCACAAAGGAUGCCCGUCUUUUGCCGGGUAGUGAACCCACACCCUUGAUACAAGCCCUCAAUCAGUCGAAAUCCAAAUCUGGUGGUGAUAGUAACGACGCCAUAGAUGGACAUAGCAAUUCAUCUGCCUUAGAUAAUUUGGUGCCUGCUAGCGCAACAAAAUUGGCACGACCAACAGCUCGUAGUGACCACAAACAUCGACGAUUAAUGCGUAGAUCCAGCAGUACUUCGCCACGUACAAUACAAACACCAAUGUCAUCUAUAAUCGUUAUGAAACAACAAUCGCAGAGCUUGGAACAUUUGACGCCCGAUCGUAGCAUAGCAGAAGAACCAAAAAACAUGCGUUUCCCCGGCAGUAAUGGGGAAAACUAUAGUGUUACACAAAACCAAGUAUUACACAUACAAAAGCACACUCCUCCACCCUCCUCAUCAUCGCUAAGAGCCCAGUCAACACCACCGCCAACGUUGGUGGAGUGCGGAAGUCCAUUGCAAAAGAUGCAAACUUCACCGCCUGCUGCCACCUCUGUACGUACCAUAGUUCACGACUUAGAGAAUCAUCAAAUACACGAUCCUUCGCGAAGAAUAGCGGAUGAUCGCAAAUCCUUGAAUUUGGCAUUUGCUAAGACAGCAGAAGAUGCCGAAGAGUGUUUCAGAAGUGCCGAAAUACCACAAUCUUCAGCUGCUGGUACUGACGGCAGCAGUACCAGGAAGAUGGGGAGUCCUGUUUGGACCUCAUCCGCCAAGUUAAUAACACAAACUUCCAACAUUAAUACUAGUGUUGCGUCCCUAAAUCGUGAAGAAGCCAUACAAAAACCACGUCCGCAUUCUCGCAAAACGCAAUCAUGGGCUGCAACCAGUGGUGGUAUUAUAAUGGAUAGUGCCGUGCAGGGUUCCAGCAGCAGCAUCGAUUCCAUUUCAACCCAAACUUCAGCACCAGCAGCAAUUCCAGCUACUCCAGGUUCAGCAGCUGUGUAUGAAGGUCUAGUGAAAACACGUUCCCGCCAAAGAGAAUUGCCCUCGCGCCAUGCCUCCUGGGGUUCUGGUGACAAUCGUAGCGGUAUGCCAAUGCGCAACAGCUCCUGGGGAGCUUUUGACACAAAUCGCAAUAGUUGCCAGUAUGCCAGCGCCUUCAAUCAACACGUCAAUGCAAAUGCCAUUUUUGAAGGGCAAAUUCAUGAACUUAAUAAGAGUAAUAAGACUGCCUCGGCCGAGAGCCGAUCAACUCAUGGUCCACAGCAACAACAUCACCAUUAUGGUACCGUGAAACGAACUAAACAAAAAUUGGAAGAGUCGACAGCCCUAAAAAAGCUCUGCCAAGAAAAUGGUAGUGGAUCUGAAUGUGCCAGCAAUGCGUCCUCCAAUACUAAUGAAGCUGGCGAUGAUGCCGUGUAUACAAAACGAAGUUCCAAUUUAUAUCGUUCGGCGUCGGCUGCAGCGGGAACACGAACUCGUUUUGCUCAACGCUGUAACAGUGAAGAAAUUGUACCUAGUGGAGGUGGCAAUGUUACCACCCACUGUUCACUUGUGACCUCAGGAAGGCGCAGUGAUGGUAAUCGUCCAGCCACAGCUGACAUAUUUUCUGUGUCAGCUCCUGAGACCUACACCAUGUCUGACAUUGAGAACAAAAACACUUUAACCGGAAAUGGUAGUGAUGAAGAAAAUGUGAUCUUAAGAAGGCCAGACAAUCAAAUAGCUUGUACAACUGAGGAUCAACGAGUCUCGGGCAAUGUUCAAAUUCUUAAGAAGAGCUUUGAAGCAAAGGCAGGUGGUGGUAGUGGAGGUAACGUUGGCACUAAUGCAGCGGCCAAUCAGCCAACAAUCAAUCCAACAACUGGUAACAUUUGUUCCUCCAGUAAACCAACCAAGGGACAUCAAUCACUGCCAUCAUCACCAGUAGCUCAACAUGUGGAUCAUCAACAUCAAACAAAAACGAACGCAUUUCUAGAACAGCAUAUGACAACAUCAUCAACAACUGAACAAUGUGAUCGUAAUGUAAAGGGUUUAGUGCAUAAAUAUCAGACAUCGUCGUCGUCGUCAUCAUCAUCAUCGAGCUCAAGUGUAACGACGACAUCAAAAUCAAUAACGAAUCAAUCAACUUGUACAAGGGCCACCGCAGUGGGGACGACGACAGAAAGCUCACAGAGAGUUGUUAAGGCCCGACCAAGUUCUUGUUAUGAACCUCAGAGAUCUUUGACAGGCAAGCCACAUGAGUUUAGCGAAAGUCGACCCCCACCAGCACCGCAAAGAUUGCCAUCAGCCAAUGCUACUAUAUCCAGCCAGCCAGUUCAUCACCAUCAUCAUCUAAACGAGGGAGUAUUAACGCAACAACAGCAGCCGCCACAACAGAGACGUUUGCAACAACAUGGAAAAACUCAUCCACUCACAAUGCUAAACUUACAAAAGCAAAGCUUCAAUGCAGCCGCUUACAAUACAAUGUAAUGAUGAUCUUAUUACAAACAAAACAAAACAGAAAACAAAUUGAACCGUUAUCGAAUCAAAACAAAAUUCUCAAAGAAACAAAAAAACAAAACAUAUAUACAUUUCAAUCAAAUCUCCACCAUUAUCAUCCCCACAGCAUAAUCACCCUCUAACAUGGUAUUGUCAUAUUUUAAAUGAUCCACAAUCACAAAACCACAGCAUUACUAUUUUUUUAUCAAACACACACACAGUCACACAAACGCAUACAUAACGUACCCUGUAUAAGUGCAUUCAACAUCAUCAUCAUCAUCAUCACUUCACCCGCAAUAAAAAAUCGACAAAACUUAUGACGCGACCCAUUCUCUUAUUGUGUGUCACAUUAUUAUUCCGCUUUUUCUUUUCAUCCAUCAUUAUUAUUAUAUUAUAAUUAUAAACAAGUGUUAUGUGUUAUUAUUUAUAUAUAUAUUGUCCUCUUUUGUUUUCAUUGUAUUCACAAAACAAACAAGCAACCAAGAAGCAAACAAACGGAAAAUUAAUUGUAUUUUAAUUACAUUGAAUUUUGCUGUUUUCUUUUCCAUUUUGUUCUCCACCUCCACAACGCUCUCUCUCUCUCUCAUAUCCCUAUCAAUGUAAGUGUUCUUUGGAAAUGUACUCUGUUACAAUAUCUCAUUGGUAUUUAUAUAACUGUACAUACUAUUUUAUAGACAACAUUUCGGCUGUCGUUGAUCGUGGUAUAGAUUAUUUUUGUUUUAUACACAAAUCCGAACUUUUUCAUUUAAAAGAUCUCGAAGUUUGCAUGCAAUCAUUUUAUUUUAUUUAUUAAAAAAAAUCAAGUCCAGUUUAUGAAUGUCGAAAGAAAAUGAUUGCAAAUGAAAAAUACUAAUUCCAUGUGUUUUCAAAAUUUUUGUUUAAUUGAAAAAAAAACAAAAAUUAAAAACAGUUGUCAGACGUAGAUAUUUUUGUGCAAGAAAAAUGGAAAUUAUUUAUGUUUAGAAAAGGGGCAAAUUUCACGUUUACAAAGUGGCGAUUUUUUGCGUAUUCUAGAAUAGAGUCUAUUGUUGCGUGAUUUCGCUUUGUGGUCACAACUAAGUGCUUGUUUAGUGAGGGAAAACAUACAAAAUUCUUUGGGUGUUGACUUUAAAAAUGUUCAUUGAAGUAGCCAUGGCACUGCAAUCAUCAUGUCAAAGGAGUCCAAUUCAUUAAUACAUUGUCAAACAGUACUAUAUUGCUAAUAAACGGUCGUUUUUCAUUUUACCUCUUUCUGAUCAUCUAGGAUCGACAUGGCCACCUCUAAUGAGGUGCAGUAUCUGGCUGCAGUAACUCUCAAUUUUAGGGAAAAACUCUUAGUCAUGACAAGGCUAUGAAAUGGAAAGGCAAUUUUAUGUACAGAAAAUUCAAUAAAUGUUAGAUAUUUUUAAUUUUGAAUCACAAUUCUCCAAGAAUAAAAUGUUCAUUGGGCGUAUGAUGAAUAUACCGUUUGAUGUUAUACGUUAGGGUGUCCUUGCUCUUGGCAACAACAUGCAUAGGCCUUUAAACAAAUACCUCAACUUUAUAUCAUUUUGGCCCAAAUCAAAAUUUUAAAUCUUUUCAAAAAACUGUAUUUCGUAAUCAAAUGUCUAAAACAUACAUACAUGUUAUUAAUACUAUCAAUUAUGUUUUGUCUUGAGAUUUCAAUUACCGCCGCAUUUCCAUUUCCGCCUUUUGUUAUGACAACAAAAAAAUGUCUGACGUUUUCUGUGUUGCCAUUUGAUCGAUUGCAUUGUCUUGAUAACUUCGAAACAUUUUCAUUUUGUACAAAUUUUCCAUAUUAUCCCCGCAAUUAAAAAAAUUUUUAAACACCUUAUUUUUUUUACUCCCUUUUUGUCUUUAUCAAACUUCCUAAAACUGAAAUAUUUUUACAGAUUUUUUCGCAUGUUACGCUCGGUCAAGUACACGUUUGACUACACCAAAAUAAUAUGCUAUUAUAACAACCAUACAGCGAACAGCCAACAAUAAUACCAAGCUACAACUCCAUUUAUUGCGUUUAAUAUGAAAUUUAAUUUUACAAGUAUGCACACCCACAUACACACCCCAACGGUAUUAUGCAACUAAUUUUGCGUUAUUAACUAACAACAACACAGCCAGUCGGAAAAGUAAAUCCUAUUUGAAUUUUCCAUUGUUCCACACUUUUAUGAUCUAACUUUCUCCAAUUAUUAUCCAGUAUGCUAUGCUUUAUUAUUUCUAAAUAUUAUUCAUUCUUUUUAUUUAUAUGUUUUUUAAACAUUGUAUUGUACUUUUUUUAUAGAACAUUUAUAAAAACAUUCAAUUUGUCAUAAAUUUCAAACCACACAAAACAAGCAAAGGACAUGCAAAACAUAAUUACGUUGGACGUCAGUCACCAAUAUUCAUUUAUCAGUAGAAAACUUGAUUUGUUAGGGGACAAAGUGGAUUCUAAAUACCACGUAAUCUUCUUUUCAUUCAGUUUUCUUUGACAGACUAAAUGAAACCAUUCGUGCCUGGCGGCCGUACUAAAACCCAAUUAUCUUUUUGUGAAAACCACAAG